AUGCCCAAGAAGACUGAUAAGUCUGGCUCGAACUCGCAUCCAAGCUAUGAGGAGCGACUGCGCAGCGCCGUGGACCUUGCUCAGGUUCUGGGCAUCCUUCGAGAGGCGGAAACCGGCGAAAGUGAGCAAUCCCGCACCUUCUUUUUCCAGGCUUUGAGCGUUCUGGCCCAGAAGGCGGCCGCGACGCAUGCUGCGAGCGAUUGCAGAGUCGAAGCUGUCCGGCAAGGAGAGUGGCUGCUUGAGUCCUGCUCGAAGCUGGACGGCGGAAAGCCGCAGGAGAGUGCCGUCACCUCCAUGGUUCGAGUUUGCUGCGCUUGCGGGGCUCAAGAGAAAGCACUGAACCUCGUGGCGGAAGCGCAGGCAAAGGGCGUGAAGCCGCGACUGCGGACACUUUCCGCAGUUCUUCUGCAGGCGGCAGAGGCCGGGGACCGCUCCACUUGCGAGUCGCUUUGGGCACGGCUCCCAAGCCUGGGUCUUGAACCCCAGGACUCCGAGUUUGCGAUCAUGCUGCGAACCUUUCGUGGAGAACCUGUCCGUCAGUAUGAGCUGUUGCGGCAACUCAUUGACGAACUGCCGUUGCCAUCGGAUCCACCACUGAUUGACGAGAUUGGCCGUGUCUUUGGCGUUGAAGGCAUUCAGGCCUUACGGUCUGCAGAUCUGCCUGAAGCAGUCGGACGGGAGGAGAAUGGCAAACGUUGGCAUGUCGGGUGGACCACUCUCAGCGAAGAUGGACGAUGUGCUCUGAGCGGUCAUAGCCUGCAGGCUCUGGACAUCUCACGCGAGGAGGAAGCUUUAUUGGAGCGCAUGGUGAUCAAGCUUGCAAUUGAUGGGGUCAAGAACUCCGGUAAGCGGUUCAAGCGCUUCAAAAAAUGGCUAGAAGAACAACCGCCUUUCGACAUUGUGAUUGAUGGAGCAAAUGUUGGCUUCAACAAUCAGAACAGAGAAGGAGGCUUGUUUCAGUACAGCCAGAUCGAUGCUGUCAUCCAGAAGCUGCGCGAAACUGGCAGCAGGGUGCUCCUGGUGCUACACCCCAAGUGGUUGCGUGCAGACGCGGAUCGGACGGUAACCAAACGAAAAAAGAGAAAACUCGAUCAGAUCAACCUGGAGUCAGGACUCGGUUCUUCUGACGAGUCGGCGGAGGAGCACGAGGACGGAGAGCCAGAGAUCCAAUAUCCUUUCGACCCCAUCACUGAUGCAGAGAGGGCGGCACCCUCUGGCACACCGCUUGCCUUCAUUCGCCAGUGGAAGGAGUCAGAUUGCCUUGUCCGUGUACCGGCCAAGGACUGUGACGAUUGGUACUGGCUAUUUGCUGCGCUGUCUUCCGCGCGCCGAGGUGCUAGGCAUGUACAGGUGGUUAGCAAUGACCACAUGCGAGACCAUCACUGGCGGAUGGUCGGCAACCGCGCGUUCCUGAAGUGGCAGGGAAGACACAUGACCAGAGUGAGCAUUUGGUCCGAGACCUCAGAUGCAGAGAACUGCAAAGUUACACUGACGCCUCCAGAUCUCUACUCCAUGCAAGCACAGGUCUCCUGCGACGGCAGCCAUUGGCAUUUUCCAGUGCCUACUCUGCCAAGCCGGGCACAGCAGCUUUCCUCCGGGCGUCCUCUGCCACGGAAGGAGAUCGAGUCUGCCGAAUGCCACUGGCUUGUCGCAUGGCGCCGGUAG